CAGGCAUAUUGAACAAAUUCAUCGCAAUGAGACUGAAGUUGCUAAAGCUCUCCAGUUUCCAAGAAAAUCAAAAGAAAGAAGACUUCAAAUAGAUCUUCUUCGAAACAGAGGCAAUUUUGCUCACAAUGUGGAAGUUUUAAAAAUGGGGAAAGGAAUGCUCGUACCUCGAAGACAACCUAGAAAUUGUUUGCCAUCUAACGAUUUUAUGCAUUGUUUAAAUUGUCAGGGUUUUUAUUUAAGAAACAAUCUUUGGCGACACAUGAAACAUUGCAAGCUUAGAAAACAUGACCAACCAAAACCUGGAAAAAUAGGGUCCAGUCUUUGUGUGCAUUUGCUGAACCUGUGCCUCCUGGUGUUGACAGUGGCCUUUGGAAGCUAAUGAGUGAAAUGAUACAAGACAACAUUUCACUUGUAGUCAAGAAGGAUCCCUGCAUUUUACAAAUAGCACGACAUCUCUUUAACAGGCUCGGUUCAGACAUAUCUAAAAAUGAAUACAUUCGUCAGAAGCUUAGAGAGCUUGGUCGUUUGUUGUUAUGUGCAAGACAAAUAACACCAUUGCAAAAUAUGAGAGACUUCAUAAUUCCAUGUAACUUUCCACAUGUAGUAACAGCAGUGAAAUGUGUUGCUGGGUACAACCAGGAGAGUGGCACAAUGAAAACUCCUUCAUUAGCACUGAAGCUUGGCCACAGCCUUCAGAAAAUAGCCAAUAUAGUGGAAGCCCAGGCAAUGGUAGAAGGAAAUGAAAUGAUGGAAAAAAUGCUCAAAGCUUCCAAAAAAUUUAUGAAACCCAGUGGAAUGAGCUAAUUUCAUCUGUAGCCCUAAGAUGUUUGAGAGAGUCAAAGUGGAAUGCACCUCAGCUUUUGCCUUUUACCGAAGAUGUGAAAAAAAUGCAUUUGUAUCUUGAUGACAAACAAGAAGAAAAUUACAAAAAUCUUCUAGCUGAGGCCUCUGCAAGAAACUGGGCAAACCUUGCAAAAGUCACUUUAACACAAAUUAUUUUGUUUAAUCGCAGAAGAGAAGGAGAAGUUUCCAGAAUGCUUCUAAAUACCUUUUGUUAAGAGAUGUAUCAGAUUUGCAUGGAGAUGUUGCUCUUGCUCUUUCAGAACUAGAGCAAAAGCUUUGCCAUCACUUUAUCAGAAUUGAAAUUAAAGGCAAGCGUGGAAGGAAGGUUCCUAUACUGCUGUCCCCAGCAAUGCACAGAGCAAUGAAGUUGCUUGCAGAAAAAAGAGAAGUAUGUGGUGUGCCAUGUGACAACAACUAUAUGUUUGCAAGACCUUCGGCUCUAUCUCAUUUUCGUGGAUCUGAUUGUAUUCGACUUUUUGCCAAAGAAUGUGGAGCAAAAAGUCCUAAAACACUUUCAUCAACCAAACUCCGAAAACACGUGGCAACUCUGUCAAAAGUUCUUAACUUGAACGAUACAGAAUUGGAUCAACUGGCUGAUUUCCUUGGGCAUGACAUUAGAGUACACAGGCAAUACUAUCGUCUCCCAGAAGGCACUUUGCAGUUGGCUAAGAUCAGCAAAAUUCUCUUAGCUCUUGAAACUGGGCGCCUUGGAGAGUUUAAAGGAAAAAAUCUGGAGGAUAUCACCAUUGAUCCAACUGAAAAAGUAGUGAUUGAAAAUGAAACAUCAGAAAGUGAGGAAGAAUUGAGUGAUCAUGAAGGUGAUGCAGAAAUGCAAGUAAAGCAGAUGAAACGAGCACAUGGCGAAGUUCAGGAAACAAAAGUUAACAGUGUUUGCCAAGGUCGUAAACGAGUGAAGAGGACAAUGUGGAAAGAAGAAGAAAGAAGAGCAGUGGAAAAACAUUUGGCCAAAUUUAUAAAUAUAUGUAAAGUGCCAGGAAAGAGAGAGUGUGAGGCCUGCAUCCAAAAUGAACCACAAGCUCUCAAAAAUAGAGAUUGGCUGGGUGUGAAAUUCUAUAUAAAAAACCGAAUUACCUCACUGAAGAGAAAGGUUUAAAACAAGUGUUUCCAUUAUCAAUGCUGUUCAUUUAAAGUUUAGUUAUGGGAAAUAAUUUAAUCAGUUUACAUUAGGUCUUUUCAUGGUAUUUGAAAGCAACAGUUCCACAAAGCCAGUUACUUGUUUGCUCUUUAAUAAUUUGUAUUUCAUACGUUUAUAUGCACUUACAUAAAGAUAUACACACGGUUAUUUACAGGCUAUUUCAAUCAAGGACAGUGACUCUAACUUGUGUGGUGCCACCAGGAGACUUGGGCCUUGGUAGCUUUACUCAGGGUAGAAAGCACUGGUGUUGGGUUACUGAUUUAAAAGAAUUACCAGUAGUGAAUCAGAGUAAUUAUUUCAUACUGCAAACUUAUAAUACAGAAAACCUGCAAUAUUUACUGAUUCCGUACACAUUAAUUUUAAAUUAAAUUGCUUCUUCAUAACAUACAAUUUGAUCACACGUUUACAAAUAUUGCAGUACUCAUUAAUUCAGAUCAAUUACAAAUAUAUUUGAGCAAUUACAGCUGAAGCUAAGAUGUCUUGAAAUAGUGAAAUCUAAAUAUUUCUGGAUCAAGCAAGUGUCAAAUAUCUGAAAUGGGAGGUAAUUCCAAAACAAAUUAGCUUCAAGGUCAUCGUGCUGUUUUACACUUAGAUUUGGCUUUGUUAUGAUGACAUUGUUUUAGGUUCAGUUAUGUAUGUUUAUUGCAUAUUUAGUAUAAUGUGAGCAAUGUUCUGGCUGAAAGAAUAUUGUGAACUUGA